AUGGCAAAACCACAUCCAUUUCAUAAAAGACUUAUUAAAGAAUAUACAUCAAUUCAAAAGAAUAAAUUACCUGGUAUUAAAUUAAUUUAUAAUGAUGAUCAAUUAAUAAAUUACAUUUUCCAAAUAAUUAUAUUAAAUAAUGAAGAAAUUUAUAAACCAGAUGUUAAAUAUUAUUUAUCAAUUAUUAUAACAAAUGAAUAUCCAGUCGAUUCACCACAAGUUAAAUUUAUAAGUUAUUCAGAAGAUGAAAAUACAGAAUUAAGUGAUAUACCAUUACAUCCACAUAUUUAUUCAAAUGGUCAUAUAUGUUUAAAUUUAUUAGGAGAAGAUUGGACACCUGCAUGUUCAAUUGAAUCAAUUUUAUUAAGUAUACAAAGUAUGUUAAAUAAUAAUCAAUUAUUAACAAGACCACCUGAUAAUGAUUCAUAUAUUAAACAUGCACCAUUAAAUCCAAAACAAAGUAAAUUUAUUUAUCAUGAUGAUAAUGUAUAG